CCGUUAUAAUGGGUUUAGUGUUAGGCAUAAGUGUUGCUUAUGUGAUGAUAAGAGAUAAACAUCGACAUGAAUUAACUGAUUCGGUGCUCUUUGACACACAAUCCAUUCGUAAAAGCCUUAUGAAUGGUAUCGAUGCCAAUAGGAUUAGCGGUUGGCUUAAACAACUCACACAACAGCCCAUAACUGGCGAACAGCAAGUUAUAAAAUAUGAUUUGGCGAAUCAUGUAAUUCAUAAAUCGGGUGAAUGUGAAAAUGCAUUGAACGCACGAUUGGGUGAAAGGAAGUGUUACGAACAAAACCGACCAUUUUUAGCAUAUUCUAACUCAACCGGCAAUAAACCGGUGAAAGGAAUCCCUGUUUAUGUAAACUAUGGAAGGGCUGAAGAUUACGAUUAUUUGAAACAAAGUGGAGUCUCUGUUGCCGGACAUAUAGUGAUUGUCAGAUACGCAAAGAUUUUUCCCGCAAAUAUUGUUAAAUUGGCUGAAGAUAACAACGCUAUCGGGGCUAUCAUAUACUCUGAUCCCUAUGACUACACCGAUGGCAACUCAAACAAUACAUUUCCAAAUGGUGUGUAUUUACCGGAAUCUGGUGUCCAAAGAGGAACCAUAAGGUUGUCUGCCGGCGACCCACAAACACCAUUCUAUCCGUCAAUAAAAAGUGCCUACAGAUUGCCAAUAAAGGAGGUGAAAAUGCCACGAAUUCCAGCCCAAGCUAUCAGCUAUUCUGACGCACGAUAUAUACUGAAAGGCCUGAAUGGACCGAAAGCGCCCACUCAGUGGGUCGGAGGGCUGAACAUUACGUACAGCUUAGGGCCCGGAUAUAUAGACAACAGUUAUAUUGAACUCGAAGUGAAUACAUAUGUGAAGGAAACUGCAAUUCAUAACAUUAUUGGUGUGAUCACAGGCUGUACAGAACCCGACAGAUUUGUGUUGGUUGGCAACCAUCGCGACGCCGGCACUUUCGGUGCACUCGACCCACUCAGCGGAACCGCUUCUAUGCUUGAGUUGUCGGCAGCUUUUAUGAACACUAUUCGAACUAAGAAGUGGUGUCCGCGAAGAAGUAUUGUAUUCUGCAGUUGGGCUGCCGAGGAAUGGGGUCUCAUUGGAUCCACAGAAUGGGUAGAAGAAUAUCAAAAAUUACUUGCAUCUCAAGCGGUUGCCUACAUCAAUGUGGACAUUGCAGUCAAUGGCAACUAUAGCUUCCAGGCAGAGGCCGUUCCCCUUCUAUACAGCACUGUAUGGGAAGCAACUAAAGCGGUCUCUAAUCCUAAUGAGAACGAAGUGAAAGAAGGGUUGAAAACAGUUUACGAUUCAUACCUAAAACAUCGACCGUCCGAUUCAUUUGAUUGGAUUCAUUUACCAGACAUCAAAACUCCAGGUUCUGGUAGCGAUCACAUGCCUUUCCUCCACAUUUCUGGAGUUCCUGUCAUUAAUAUGUAUUACAAUUGCGACCACUCAACCCAUAUUAAGUGUUAUCCUCUCUAUCACACAAUGUAUGAAACAUAUGAUCUAAUGUCUAAUCUUACGGAUAUAGGAUUUAAAUUCAGUAAAGCGUUGACACAAAUAUGGGCUGAAAUGUUACGAUCCCUAAGCGAUAGUCCAAUGCUUCCAAUAAGCGAUUCACUUCAAUAUUACCCACAUUUCUUGCAUUCAGCUUUUGAUGACCUAAACAAUAGUAGUAAUCAUUUAUUUCGCAAAUACGACAUCAGUUUAGACUUUUUACAAGAAUCUAUAGACGAGUUUGAUUUGGCCAUCAAUUCCUUCAGCAAUAAACUCAAGCGAAUUGAUGAACAAAAUGCAUUACAACUGCGAAGAGUUAACGAUAUAUUGAUGUCAAUCGAGCGAACAUUCCUCGAACCCAAUGGCCUUCCUUUCCGUAAAGAUUACAAACAUAUUAUUUUAUCCCCAAAUGCUUUCGAUUCGUACAGCGGUUCCAGUUUUGCAGGACUUUAUCAUCUGUUGUGGGAAAUCACUCACAACUCUACACAAGAGUCACAACAAAAACUUUUGCCUCUAAUUAAACAACACAUAUCUGUAAUUGUGUUUCACAUCAAUGCCGCCAAAAAUCUUUUGAAACAAAGUUUUAACAAAUUUUAAUAUUCUCUUCAUAUCAUUGAUUCCCAAUAUCUAGUCA